GAAGAAAGCGAGGAAAGCACAGAGAGCAUCUGUUGAUGCUUUUCGGCUUUUGCUUUGGGGCGACGCUCAUUACUAUCACCACCCACGGGAGAUGUGAAGUUUUAUGAGCUAAGUAACAGUAGAAACAAUUGAGAAGAGUUUUGUUCUUCGAAAACCAAGGAUAAUUGGAAGAAUCACGCAGAGCUUUUGCAGUGUUGUGUUAACUCUCUAUUAAGAAUCCAUUAGGGGAAAUUUGGUUAUUUAGCACGUUUCAUCAAUUUCACUCGAGGGGGAGAGAAGAAAGAACAGAAAUCAAGAUGGGUAAUCCUGAGCAUCCAAAGAGAAGGGUAGCAUUUAUUUUGAUAGAUGGUUUGGGAGACGUUUCACUGCCGAAGUUCGGACACCGGACGCCUUUGCAGGUGGGCCAAAUACCCAAUUUGGAUGCCAUUGCUUCUGCUGGAGUUAAUGGGCUGAUGGACCCUGUAGAAGCUGGCUUGGCAUGUGGUAGCGACACAGCUCACCUCUCUUUAUUGGGUUAUGAUCCAAGAGUGUACUACAGAGGUCGAGGUGCCUUUGAGUCCAUGGGUGCUGGAUUGGCUAUGUCCCCUGGGGAUAUUGCAUUCAAGUCAAACUUUGCCACAUGGGAUGAAAAAACUGAAAUUGUUACCAGUAGGAGGGCUGACCGGCACUUCGAGGAAGAGGGGCCCAUCCUUUGUGCAGCACUGGAUGGAAUGAAGCUGCCAUCUUUUCCUGAAUAUGAAGUCAGAGUAAGAUAUGCAACAGAGCACAGAUGUGGGGUGGUUGUCAAAGGUCCAAAAUUAAGUGGAAAUAUUUCAGGAACAGAUCCAUUGAAAGAUAACCGUUUACUUUUGAAAGCUCAAGCUUUGGAUAAUACUGAUGAAGCAAAGCACACAGCAACAGUUGUCAAUGAACUUUCCAAGGAAAUCUCAAAGAUUCUGGUCUCUCAUCCAUUGAAUGCAAAACGUGCUGCCGAAGGAAAGAAUGUUGCCAAUGUUGUCCUUCUACGAGGUUGUGGUAUACGACUUGAGGUUCCCCCAUUUGAAAAUAAUCAUGGGUUAUGGCCAUGCAUGGUAGCUCCCACUAAAAUUAUAGCAGGGCUUGGCCUGUCACUAGGUAUUGAUAUCCUAGAAGCGACUGGAGCGACUGGAGACUACCGAACACUCCUAACUUCCAAAGCAACAGCAAUUGCCAAGGCACUCUCAGCUCCUCUUCAGCCCAGCCCUCAUGUUUUUGUACCUGGUCAGGACGAUCACAAACCUGGCCGAGCUGAUGGCUAUGAUUUUGGUUUCCUACACAUCAAGGCAAUAGAUGAUGCCGGUCACGACAAGGCAGUUAUUUUCAAGGUCAAAGCCUUGGAAGCCGUUGACAGAACAAUAGGUCAGCUGGCCAGGCUCCUAUGGCAGGCAGAAUCAACUGGAAACUUUGAAUAUUCCGUGUGUGUCACUGGAGACCAUUCUACUCCAGUUGAGUACGGAGAUCAUAGUUUUGAACCCGUCCCUUUUACAAUUUGCAAAUUAAAAGAUUUUGUGGAAGCUGUAGGAGGUGAGGCAAUGGUGAUGGGAACCUCACUUGAUCCUUUUCCUCUUCCGACUGUUGAAGCUGGUGAUGACCUCAAAGAUGCAAGUUUAGGAGAACGAAGAUGCACAAGGCAGAAUGCUUUCGGUGGUGAUUUAGUUGCUGAAUUUAAUGAGAUUGCAGCAGCAAAGGGUUGUCUUGGGCGCUUUCCAGGGAGCGAGAUGAUGGGGAUAAUAAAGAAAUUCUUGACCUGAGAGCGUGAGCAGCUCUAUGGGGAAGGUUUGGAAAGUUCUACCGAGGGAUCCAAGGAAAUAAAUAACUGAUUCUGCCUAUUGAAUCAACAGCUCCCUGAUCUAAUAUGAUCUUAUGGGA